AUGUACAGGUGCCGUUCCGCUUACAAACUGCUGGAACUCGACGACAAGUUCUCCCUCUUCGGCGGGUGUUGCCGCACAGUUGUGGACCUCGCCGCUGCACCGGGAGGGUUUUCGGAAGUGGCACUGCAGCGCAUGACAGCUGCGGAGGAUGUGACGUCACGACCUCCCGUAAAACCACUUGUUAUCGCGUUUGAUACUCGCCCGAUGAAGGCGGCACGGGACUUACACGUGGUGCAGUGCAACAUUAACGAUCAUAAACGUGUUAUCGCCAGUGUGGAAGAGUUCAUUCAGCGGCGAGGAGUCGGUGACGGUGCAGACAGGCAGGUGGACGUUGUUCUGCAUGACGGAGUGUCAGUCGCUAAGUCACACUCUGCCUUCUCUGUUACGUACGCUCAGAACCAAAUGGCAGUAGGGGCGUUGCGGCUAGCGUGUGCGCUAUUUCUUUUAUCCUCACAGCCCGCCGGUACCCGUCAGCCUCCUCGCGCAGAGGAUGGCUUAGCAUCUUCUUCCAAAGCGGAACCGCAGGGACCAACGUUUGUAACCAAGGCAAUGCGGUCAGCCCAUUUUAACCAGGUGCUUAGCGCCAUGAAAGCAUACUUCCGCCAUGUUUCUGUCCACAGGCCAGCAGAGUGCAACGCUGCUAGCAGUGAAACGUAUGUUGUGGCACGCGGUUUCAUGAGUCACGCUAGGAACCGGCGGAACCCACUAUUUUUGAAUCAGCGACAACGUUUGCUGAGCCUACCGCCCUUUUCGGAAGACGUGCUACCGGGGCGGCAGAUUGUGUGGCGUUGUUGGGGGUGCCACAUGUACUGCAUGGGUGCUGCGCCUUGCAUUAACUGCAGUCGCGUGGACUAG